AUGAGACAGCGAAGAUAUCAAUCCAACAAGUCUUUCACCAAUAGCUUCAAGACUCUCUUCAGGACAUAUCCCUUCUCUGUCAGUGCUGCAGUCAUCUUGAUUGGUAUUGGAGCUACUGCCCUUCUCUACGUCAAUGAUUUCUACCACAACUACAUAAUAGGAGCUUUCCACAAGUUUCCCCCACCAGUAGCCAAAGAACUACGAAAGGCAUUAUACUACACGAACAUCUCCCUCGAACCAAAAAAUGCUGUCAAGUAUUACAAGGAGGCACUGCGUGUGGCAGAUGAGAUUGGAAUGGAUCCAUUCUCAGAUGAGAUUAUAGGGGUCAAGAUCCAGCUAGCUGCUUUGAUGGAGAAGUUACAGUUGUACAAGAAAGCAAUUGACAUCCUGGAGAUUGUGAAGAGGGAUAACUUGAGAUGGGUGGACGAGCUUGGGAAUUUACCCGGGAAUGAAGGGAAGAGGACUAGAGUCUUGGGAAAGACUGUUGGAAUUAGUGUGAAGUUAGGAGAGUUAUAUGCCAACGAAUAUGUGAAGGAAAAGGGAGCGGCUGAGGAGCGGCUGGUGUGGGCGGUAGAGACGGUGCUGAAAGAGCAACAGAGGCGAGAAAGUGAAGGAGUGAAGCCCGGUGAGGGUGAAUGGCUCUCUCCAGAGGAAAUUGGAGGGUCUUUAGAAGCUCUGGGCCACCAUUAUGAAGAGAAAGACCAGCAUUAUCUUGCAGCUCCAUUAUUCCUCCAAGCUCUAGCCCUAUCACCUCCUGCAAGUUGCCACACUGCAGUCUUGAUGAAUAACCUCUCAAUAUCCCUUGCCCAACAAGACCCUCCCGUUACACCCAACCAAACUCCAAUUUCCCGACCAGCCUUAAUAAGCAAUGCUCGAGCAUGGGCCGAGAAAGCAAUCACAACAGCAUCUAAGAUACAACCGCCCGAAAGAACGGAAGAGUGUGAUAUGGGUUGUGCAGUCGCUACACAUAAUUUGGGGGAGUUUGCGGAGAUGGAUGGCAACAUUGCUGAGGCGAGGAAACGAUUCGAAGAGGCGAAGAGCUUGGCUAAGGCGAUCGGUUUCCAAGAUGGAGUUAUAAACUCGGAAAGAGGUCUCGGAAGGCUGGGUAAGACCUAG